GUCCUUCGUGCUGCUGUUAGACUGUAGAGUGCUAAACAGAUGGGAGAGUAUAACAGCACAGCUCUUGUACCGUAGUUCUAUUUUACUUUUAAAAUCAGGAAGAGGAUCAGUUUGAGAAGGAAAAUUAUUAAAGACUUGCAGCAGCUCUGUGAUCAGCACAACUUCACAUUAUUUAACAGCCGACUGGUUCUAAACAUUGUCAGCUACCGGGUGUACAGCAUGUGUAGAAUAAAUUUAUACUGUGUAAAUGACAUAGAUAGCACAUGGUGGAGUCAUUUACGGCGUUUGGUUCACUUCAGUACUGAUGGAAACACCAGAAGAUGGCGGCAGUGUGACACUGAGGAUCAUAAUGAGGACAGCAGCAGCUUAAAGUGGCAGGCAGCACCUGUCAGACAGAACUCAGGGAAAUGCGGUGCUAUGUAGGACCCGGAUUUCCGCUCUGGUUGUGAUUCUCAUAACAGCAACCGUCAGUCUGCAGUUAGUUCUAGCUAGCCUCAAUUAGCUUGUAUUAGCUGAAGUGAAGCUCGGAGUUGAUCUGACGCAUCAGACGGAGUCUUUAAUGUUUGUUGGAUCAAACUGAAACGACUCCACCGGCUAGCUGCUAGCUAACUCCGCUGCUGCUGCUAGCUGCUGUAUCGGUCUCUUCCUAUGGACGACUAGCGCGCUAAAGGUACAAGAUAACUGAGCUAACAGUGCUAACAGCUAGCUGUUGCAUUUGUGAACCUACCUGCUCUGAUGAAAACACCGAGGGGAGACGUUAGCAUGGGCUCAGCUGUAGAGUGAAUAACAGUGUUCUUCUGUCCCAGAGUGAGAAGACGUCUGGUCCAUCAGCACGUGAAUCCUCUUCAGGCUCUGAUCUGAGGUCAGAGUUCACCUUCACUGUGACGGUUUGACAGCAGCCAUGCUGACCUAGAAUCAGCUGUAAGAGCAGAGUAACCAGAGACAGAGACCAUGUCGGAGAACCAGGCCAACAACAACAACAUCCCUCUCAACAACAACAACAACAACAUGGGACCCAACAGGAUCCGAAACCCCAACAUGAACCAGAACCCCCUCAUCAACGUCCGAGACCGCCUCUUCCACGCCCUCUUCUUCAAGAUGGCUGUCACAUACGCCCGCCUGUUCCCGCCGUCCUUCAGGAGAGUCUUUGAGUUCUUUGUCCUGCUCAAGGCACUCUUUGUCCUCUUCAUCCUUGCCUACAUCCACAUUGCCUUCUCUCGCUCGCCCAUCAACUGUCUGGAGGUGGUGAGGGAGCGCUGGCCUCGUGACGGCAUCCUGCGGGUGGAGAUCCAGAGGAACUCCAGCCGAGCCUCCGUCUUCCUGCAGUACUAUGACUCCACAGGCCUCCAGGAGGAGCUGGAGGCUGAGGAGGAGACAGGAGGUGUGGCAGGCCUCAGUCUGGCAGCACUGCAGGACGAGGAGGAGGAAGAGGAGGAGGAGAUGACCCUUGAGAUGUUUGACAACAGCUCAGUGCAGUUUGAGCUGGACAUCGAGCCUCGUCUGAAACCGUCUCUGAUUGGAGGAGGUGUUGGAGGAGCCGCAGGAGGAGGAGGAGGUGUGAAUGACAGCCAGGAAGUCUCCUUCAGCCAGACCACUAAAGGUAUGCAGCCGCUGAAGGACUCAGUGUCUGAGCUGGAGAUGAUGGCCAGAGCAGUGUGGCCUCAGGAGGAGUACAUCGUGGAGUAUUCUCUGGAGUAUGGCUUCCUGCGUCUGUCUCAGAGCACCAGACAGAGACUCAACAUCCCCGUCAUGGUGGUCACUCUGGAUCCGAUGAAGGACGAGUGUUUUGGUGAUGGCUUCAGUCGCUUCCUGCUGGAUGAGUUUCUGGGCUAUGACGACAUCCUGAUGUCAAGCGUGAAGGCGCUUGCUGAGAACGAGGAGAACAAAGGGUUCUUGAGAAAUGUGGUGUCUGGAGAACAUUACCGCUUCGUCAGCAUGUGGAUGGCCAGAACCUCGUACCUGGCUGCCUUCGUCAUCAUGGUCAUAUUUACUCUGUCAGUGUCCAUGCUGCUCAGAUACUCUCACCACCAGAUCUUCGUCUUCAUUGUUGAUCUUCUUCAGAUGUUGGAGAUGAACAUGACCAUUGCCUUCCCAGCAGCCCCUUUGCUCACUGUCAUCCUGGCUCUUGUUGGCAUGGAAGCCAUCAUGUCAGAAUUUUUCAAUGACACGACGACGGCCUUCUACAUCAUCCUCAUAGUCUGGUUGGCUGAUCAGUACGACGCCAUCUGCUGCCACACCAACACGAGCAAACGCCACUGGCUGAGGUUCUUCUAUCUCUACCACUUUGCCUUCUACGCCUACCACUACCGCUUCAAUGGGCAGUAUAGCAGCCUGGCCCUGGUCACAUCCUGGCUCUUCAUCCAGCACUCCAUGAUCUACUUCUUCCACCACUAUGAGCUUCCUGCCAUCUUGCAGCAGAUCCGCAUCCAGGAGAUGUUACUGCAGAACCAGCAGGCAGGUCAGGCCAACCAGACGGCCCUGCAGGACAACCUCAACAACAACCACAGUGCUGCUGCUGCAGCACCAGCACCAGCACCAGCACCAGGACCAGGACCAGCACCAGGACCAGGACCAGGACCAGCACCUGCCAGCACCACCCAGCAAGGGCCUCAGACCAACCCCCAGCCCACUUCCUCCUCUCCAGCAACAGGAGGUGGAGGGGAGGUGAGGGCGGAGCUGAACUGGGUCGCUCAGACGGCCGCCAUCAUCACUGAGGCUCUGUCCUCCAAUCAGAACACCACUUCCUCUGCCAGGGUCAACGGAGGUCAGGGGUCAGCAGGAGCAGCAGAGGUCAGCGUGGUGGCUGAGUUCUGGAUGGGAGCAGCAGGAGGAGGAGGCGGAGGAGGAAGAGGAGGAGAAGCAGAAGGAAGUGAAAAGGAUCAGAAAGUCGUUUCAGUAGAAAUUAAACCUUCAGCAGGAGGAAGUGAUCCUCCAUCCAGCCCUCCAAUCAGAGGGCUGCAGCCGGCUGAGGCUGUGCCCUUGGAGGGGGGGCUCUUGGAGGUGGCCCCCCCACAGACAGACUGCCCCCUCCCACAGAGGUCAGGUAUAGACUGCAGAGCAGAGCAGCAGAGGCCGUCCUGAGAGUCUGACGUCAUCACUUGUCCGACAGGUGCUUCAGUCUGUCAGCUGAUCAGCUGUGAUUGAUUAGUAAUCGGCUCAUCCACAUCUUUAUUUUAAACAAAUGCCUGAUUAAUUGUUUAGUUCAGUGUUUCCCAACCUGAGGGUUGACAAUACAGGUGGUCACAGGAAGAAUUUUAGGGUCCAAACAUUAAAUAACAGCAAUUUUUCAUGUGUUCAAAUUAUAACCGAGACUCUGAUUGGUUCAUCCAGUCAAGGAUCAUUCAGUUAAUCUGAGUCCCGUUCAGUUUAGUGACCCCAACACAACAGCUGAGACUCAGUUCACUGACAGGAAACAAGAAAAAAGACAUGAUGGAUCGCUUUUCCGAUCAGAUCCUACAACAUACGGUUGCUGUCAGAUUACACCGGGUGCGUCCGUGUCGCAUUACGGGUGUAACAUGAUCACGACUGUUUAGCCGCAUCACGGCGUGUUUCAGUCAUUGUCCGUCGGUCUGUCAGUCAACGCGUCAUCUUCCACACACCAGAUUCUAAACGUCUGUCACAGGAACAAAGUAACAAACUGAAACUGAUGUGAAUUUGAUCAGAAUAUUUGGAGGUCAAACAAGUUUUGUUUUUUUUCAGAAUCUCUGUGAAUCUGAAAUAAUAAAUCUCUUCAGACAUGACAGUCAGUGAACGCAUCACAAUUUGUCUUCAUCACCUGAAGCUUGUCUCUAUUUAACAUUCACUCAAUGUUCUCCUGACACCGUCCUCAGGUCCUGUGUGUCACCACUUACGAGCUCACACACACACACACACACACACACACACACACACACACACACACACACACACACAAAAUCACAAUGUCCUGCUGCCACAAACACUCACCAGAGCACCAAAUGUGGAUUCAUUUGCCCUGAAAAUAGUACCCAACAGAAGCACUAUUUCCUUUUGUGUGUGUGUGUGUGUCGCGCACAGACUCACAUGAUGGUAAAAACAAGUCUGAAUUUCUUAACACAAGCUGAACACUGAAACUUAUUUUAUUGAUCAUUUUUAUCAGUUAUUGAUGAGUUAUUGAUCAGCCUGAUCACGUUCUGACAGACUGAAGCAUGAACUCUGAACUGUUAUUUUCUGUUUCCAU